GCCCAUUGCACCUGCGCGCGGAGUGGUGCAUUUCGGGACGUGUAGUUUUCCCUGGCAGGACCGUGGAAGUCUUGGUUUGUGUGCGGCCUGGCGCGGGAGGCUCCGCCACCGGGAUCAAUGGGACUGAAGCCCCAGCAGAAAGUCACUUACCAGAGGGUGUAGGUUCUUCAUCCAGAGCUCAAGUCUUCUUGGGAUCAGACUUUCCAGCUCCCUGGACUUGACCUUCCAGCUGCCUCUCAUGUACUUGUCUGUUGGGGGUUUGUGUUGAUCAGGAGUGAAUUCACAGUCUACCAUGAACUGGAAGGUUCUUGAGCACGUGCCCCUGCUGCUGUAUAUCUUGGCAGCAAAAACAUUAAUUCUCUGCCUGGCAUUUGCUGGAGUGAAAAUAUACCAAAGAAAAAGAUUGGAAGCAAAACAACAAAAACUGGAGGCUGAAAGGAAGAAGCAAUCAGAGAAAAAAGAUAACUGAAGAUUCUGCCAUGUAAAUGUCAGCUUGAGUGGACUCCAGCUAAGAAGAAAGAAGAAAUACUUAAUUAUUGAAUACAUUGUCAGAGGAUAAACUCCCAACCUAGACCUUGCACUUACAAUAGUGUGAAUUUGUCCAUGUUUUUAAAAGAACCAGUCCUGGCCGGGUACGCUGGCUCUUACCUGAAACCCCAGCACUUAGGGAGGCCAAGGCAAGUAGAUCACCUGAGGUCGGGAGUCUGAGACCAGCCUGGCCAACGUGGUAAAACCCCGUCUCUACUAAAAAUACAAAAAUUAGCCGGGUGUAGUGGUGCACGUCUGUAAUCCCAGCUACUCAGGAGGCUGAGGCAGGAAUUCUCUGCUUGAACCCGGGAGGUGGAGGUUGUAGUGAGCCUAGAUCGCACCACUGCACUCCAGCCUGGGCAACAGAGCAAGACUCCAUCUCAAAAAAAAAAAAAAAAAUUAAAAUCAAAAUUAGAAACAUAAAUAAAAGACCCAGUAUUUUGUUUACUAAAUAAAAUGCCUUUGUAAAAAAA